AUGUCAAAAUAUUAAACAGAAUUUAGUGAUAUCAAAUCAAAAUCUUUGCUGUUACCAUAAAUCAAAUAACCACAUACUAUUAUCACUGCUGCUGAACUCGAAUAAAUAAAAUCUCAUAUUACAUUUACAGAAUAAAAAGCAAAGAAAGUAUAACUUAUUAUAUUAUUUGUUCAGAGUUAUGACAGUCAAAAGGUUUGGGCUUAACGUAUUGAGAAAUAGAGACAGUAGAAGGAAAAAGAGAAGUUCUAAAAAUUCAUAUUAGAAGAAGAAGAAAGACGAAAGAUUGAUAGAGAAGAAGCAGAUUAUUAAGAAAAAUUAAAAAUUAAUUAAAUAGGAGAUGCUAAUAAUAAAAUAUUUGGAUAAAGAGCUGAGUAUUAUAUUAUGAAUUAUAUUUAAGUGUGAGAAACAUGAAAUCUAAAAUGUUAUGGUCAGAGAUAGACAAAGCAAAUUAGAAACUUAUUUAGUUAAAUAAAGAGAAAUAAGAAAUGUAAUUAAUGUAUGAAGCAUAAAAAACAAGAGAAAUUGAAACAUAAAAAUAUAUAUCAGAAUAAGUAGAAUUAGAAAAAAGUUAAUUAAAAGAGUAAUUGAAAAAAUAAACUUAUGAUUCUUUAGCUAAAUAACAUCAUGAAGUAAAAGAGAGAUAUCUUAAGGAAUAUAUUUAACUUAAAAAAGAAGGUGAUAUAAUAAAGAAAUAAGCAGAAGAAGAAGAAUUGAAGAAAGAGUAAAAUUUAUUGGUAAUACAAUUUUAGAAAACAAAAAGAAGAUGAUAAAAUUAAAAAGUAAAAAUUAUUAGCUGAACAUUAACAAUUACUUUAAAUUAAAUAAAAAAUUUAAUAAGAUGAAUAGAAAUUAGAUGAGAAUCAAUCAAAAGAAAGAGAUUAAUAUCAAUAAUAAAAAGAUAGAGUUUUAGAAAUGAGAAAAGAAAGAGUAAUUUUUAAUUAUUUAAAUAGGAAAUAGAAAAGAAACAAAGAUAAUUAAAAAUUAGACAAUAGAUUUAUGAUAUAAGAGUUACACAAUUAAAAAAAUAAGAAGAUGAUUAUAUGUAAAGAGUAUAAAAACAUGCAGAAGAAUUAUAAAAGCAUGAUGAAGAAGUAGCAAAAUAAAAAGAAUUAGAAAAAUCAUAAAUGAUCUAAGAAGGAGAAUAAUUUAGAUUAUAAUAAUUAAAAUUGAAAGAAAAAUAAAAAGAAAAGGAAUAAUAAGAAUUAUAAUAAGAACAUAAAUUAAAAAUAAGUGCUUUAGAAUAAUUAUCUACUGUAGAGGAUCAAUAAAAAGAAAUAUUGAAAAGAAGAAAUAAAGAAGUUCAAGAAUAUCAAAAAAUGCAAAUUGUAUUUAUUAUCUAUAUAUAUAUAAAGGAACUUAAAAAAUAAAUGAGAAGAAAUCAAUUUUUAAAUGAAUUAAAAGAAUCAAAAUAAAUGGAACUUAGAUCAUAAAUAGAAAAAGAUGCUUUUAACAAUUGGGCAUAAUCUUAGAUUACAGAACUUAAGGAAUCAGGAUUAAAUUUAUAUCCAUUAACAAAAUCAUUUAAAGUAUGA